CAUCGAGGGAGGCCGGCGCGAGAAGCCGCUGCUCGCCUGCUCGCCGCCGUCCUCGUCUUCCUCCUCGCCUGCCUAUAUCCCCGCGCGGAGCUGCUGCUGCUGAGGCGGCGUCACCGCUCCGGCAGGCGCGAUGGUGAGUGCGAGGCGAGAGGCAGAUGCACCAUAGGCUGCCGGGUCGCCUUUAUUCGGGGAGCGGGGGGCCGGAAAGCGGCUAUUCUGACAGGGAUGGGAAGGGAAGGAUGCGCGAUAAGGAGCGCGGCGCAGGGGACGGGAAUAGCUUCGGAGAGCGAAGCGGGUCGCGAGCGGGGAGAUGCGGCCGCAGUUGGGGCUCCCCCACAGCCGCGCGCUUUUCUUUCCUGGGCACAGUCCACCUGGAACAGGGACGGGGGUGUGAAGGGGGAAUAUUGGCACCCCGCUCCUUUCCCUUGCAGAGGAAGUACCCGGGUUGGUACCCAUCUCCUUGGCUUUGUGGUUUUGCCUGAAGCUAGGCGCUCCUGUAGGCACCAUCCACCUGGAGCAGGUGAAACGGGGGGGGGGAGGCGGGGGAGGGAAUAAUCGCUGCCAUCCCUACCUUUCUUCCCCGUUUCCCGAACCCAACCCGAAUUCGUCCCCGUGUUUCCACGCACAAGCACAUCAUAAGCUUCGCCCCCUUUGCGCAUUUGAGAGCCUUCCACCAACGCGGCUUUCCCGCUUUCCCCCCUCUUUGGCAGUACGGAUUCGUCAAUCACGCUCUGGAGCUUCUGGUGAUCCGGAAUUACGGCCCCGAGGUCUGGGAGGACAUCAAGUAAGUGGGCGCCGCCUUCACCUGCCCGAAGGGCGCGCGCGCCAGCUCCCCUCUCCUUCUUCCCGCGCCCUGUGAGGGAACGGCGCGACCUUUCCCGCCGCCUUCUUCCUGAGGGGACUCUUUUUCCUCGCCGGGUUCUCACGCUCCGAAGGGGCGCCGGCAGGAGGCCGAGGGAGGGAAGCCUCUCCCGGGGGAGAGAGAGAACGAGACGAAGGGCCAGCAGGGCGGCCCUGGUCUCCCGGGUCCUCGCAGCCGGCAGCGGGCCCGUGGGAAGAGGCGAAGCCAGCCGCCUCCACGAGGCCCGGCUCCGCAGCUGGUGAGAAAACGAAGUGGGCCGCGAGGAGGAGGAGCAGGAGGCCUGUGGACUUGCCGCUGCCUUCCAGGAGAUGAGGCCAACGCCUCGCCUUGGCCACCAGACCGCAGGGCAGGCCCCACGCUCCUAUGGGGAGCGCAAGUCCCGCUGUGCUCGGUUGGAAGGGACCCCCAGGGUCGUCUAGUCCAACGCCGUGCAGUGCAGGAAUCUCAGCUAAAGUAUCCAUGACAGUAUCCAUCUCAUUUACACCUGAGAAGGAAAAUAUGCCUUGAAAAGUCACAGUAAACUCAUACCUUACUUAUCAAAAACACAGGAAAGGGCAUAAACACAAGGAUUGCAGGGUCUCUGGAACUCUUCUUGAAGUUUUUCAAAGCAAAACGGGGAGCCGUAUUUGCGUGUGUUUAAAAAGGAGGGGCUUAAUAUGUUUAAUAUGCACACAAAAAAGAGUUUGGGAGAAUCUGAAAGCUUCAUGAUGUUUGAGUUGGUUCCGAUCGUGAUUAUUAUCUUACUGUGGGCUCUUCAUAGAACUGGCCUGUAAAUUAUUCUUCAGCAACCUCUCUGAUUUCACGCAUGUUUUGUGAGUGUUGGAAGAUUAGCACCAAGACAAUAUAAGCAUAUAAGAGGAUGCUUUUCAAUCAAAUCCAGAUUCCCUUCAAUGUAGGUUGCACAGUUCACAGAAAUUGAAAAGGGCUUUUAAAUGUGAGAUGAGUAAUUGAAAGCAUGAGUUUGCUAUGCAUAUAUAAGGGUUAAGAGGUAUUCUUGUGCUAUAUGCAUUAUGCUAUCUGCACAGCUUUGCAGAUUUGUUCUCUGUAUUAAUUCCCAAGAAUGAUCUCCAUUUCCCCAUUACUGAAUUUAAAACAAAAACACCUCUUUGACAUCAUUCAGAAGCAUAUACUGAAACAGUGAACAAAUAUGGAAUUUUGGAGCACACUGUCAUCUGUAUUCUGAUGGCAUACAGCUCUACAUCUCCAUGACAUCUGACUCAGAGGCUGUGAAAGCUCUGGGUUGGUGUCUAAACGCAAUGGUGGAAUGGAUGAGGGCCAAUAAACUGCUUGAAUUUUGCGAAGAUGGAGGCUCUUUUGAUGGGUGGUUCCCAUGUCCAGCAAGUUACCUGUUCCAGAUACUGACAACUUUUUUAUUCCAUCAGCCUCAUGCAGACAAUUAAGAAUACAUUUUCCCCACCAUGGUUAGUUGAUUUCUGAAUUUAAUUUUUUACAUGAUAUUUAUUGUAUGGUUUUAUGUAAAGUUGUUAUAAACUGCUCUGAAUUUUUUUAUGAACAGUGAUACAGAAAUAGUUUUAUAAAUAAACACGUAAUCUUUAUUUCACACACACAUGCAUCUAGCUUCUCAGAAUCACCAUUUUGUAUUUAAUUAGUGCCUUUGGCCAUGGGCAGAAUGCAUGUCUAACACCAGUCAGCCACUAGACCACAGUCAGUCCAGGGGGCCAACCUUGCUUUACAAAAAUAUCAGCUUACUUUAAAUAUCAUGCAGGGAAAGUGUGUCAAAGAGAAGAACUUAAGUGAUACAUCCUCUCUCAAAUCUACUCUGUUCACAUUCCCUUUUUUUUUCAUCCAAAGGGAUGGAAAAGAGGAAUGGAAGAGCAAUUACGCCAUCCCAGUGCUUUUAUUGCCUUCCCAGAAUCUCAGCAGACUCCAUUUAUCAAUCAUGAUCCUGCAAGAGAGUGGCAAGGGGUGAAGAGAGAAAGCUUUUUUUAAAAAAAGCAAAUAGGAAGUGCUAUUCCUAUUCCCAUACAGUUCCAUACAUACUAACGUUUGUAGCAGAAAAAUGUACAGUGGUACCUCUGGUUGCGAAUGGGAUCCAUUCCAGAGGUUUGGUUGCAUCCCGAGAAAUUCGCAACCAGAGGACCACUUCUGUGCAUGCGCGCAGUGUGGUUUAGUGCUUCUGCGCAUGUGCGCUGCAAAACUCAGUAAAAUACUUAUGGGUUUGCCGCAUUCGCAUCCCGAAGUUUACGUAUCCAUAGGGAUACGUAAGCGGAGGUACGACUGUAGUUCUUCUCAAUCUGAAAUCAUUCUGAUCCUCAGAAUGUGCUACUUUCAAUCAAAAUUGAGCUAGAGCCUGCUGGCAACAAGGGUGAUGUGGUUACUUGAUAUACAUUUUAUAACACUCCCCUUGAUUAGAUUAUCCAUGCCUUUUCCUCCUUACACAUACCCCUGGUAAACGAAGAAGGAACUGGUGAUUGCAGUCUUGGUAUAGGUCCACCCACAAUAUCUUUGUUUAUGCCCACCAAAAAUGCCUUUGGCCCAUCUCCCAAUGCUGAGACCCAUUGCCUUAAUUUGUUUUCAAAUGGACCCACUGUGGGGCAAUCUGCAGUGAGCUUUUAUUUUCAGAUUGAAACUCAUUUCUCAGUAUGUGCAUUUCAGGGGCAAACUAUGCAAGAUUGUGUGUGGACUAUGUAGAAAAAAACAAGCACCCAGUCUCCAUUGAGUCUAGAAAAAACCAUAUGUAUGCAGCCUCAUGUCCUCCUGUUUCAGUUCCACCAAAUGACCGCUUCUACUUACAGAGGUUCUUCAGAAGAGGGGAAAGAAUAGGUGGAUGCUGCUCCAUCACAUGCUUCCCUGAUUCUACCAAGCUUGACCAUGAUUUGCAUGGUGAUCAAGUUGGGAACCUUGCUUCCUAAAGUCAGACUGCUCCCACCCUCCUUCAUAAAGCACAGUUGCAAUCUAUCAAAAAUUGUCAGGCCCCUGACACUAAACGUGAGGUGAAAGAGAAGGAAUUAUGGAGAGAAGAUGGAAGGAUUUUGCCAGAUUGUGCAGGAGGCUGGACAAGAGCAAAAGAAACACACUGUCUUUAUUAUUUAUUAUAUUUAAUAGCAUUUAUAUACUAUUUACUGUGCCUCUCUUUCCCACAUGUCACUUUGGCAGACAAGGCAAAUUAUUUCUCUUGUGAGAGCAUAACACCUAUGUAUUCUUGUAGCUGUGAGCAGUGUGCUGAAUAAGCACCUUUGAGAGAUUAUUUCCCCCCCUACAGUAAGUGAACUAUACUGUAUAUUUCUAAUAUGUAGUCUCUAACUCUUGUUCUCUCAUUUUCCUGACGUGAAUUGUAAUGGUAAUGAAGUAGUGUGUAUGGCUUUAAUUCCUGCCAAGAACUGACAUGUUUCUGAUAUAUACUUCAGUUUUCUUAACUAAAUUUGAGCUAAGCCUGGUAUAAAUUAGAUUUAAUUAUGCUACCUUAAUUCUUGGAGGGAAUGCAUAGAGAUGUCCAUUUGGCUAUAACUGAAUGUAGUCAUUACAGUUGAUAAUAUGAUAAUAUUUUCAACUGGUUAAGUCUGUCAUUAGCAUAAGAAAUAACAAUACAAUCCUAUGUAUGUUUUCUCCGAAGUAACAUUAAUUCAGUGGGGCUUUCUUCCAGGUAGAUGUGUAGCCUAGAUUUCAUUAAAAUUCACAAAAUAAUGCAGUUUUCAGGCUUCAGACAUGACCAACCACAAGAACAUACACAAUAUUGACACUAACAAAGAGUUCCCCCCUAAGGCAGAAAUAAAACAUUGUACUUAAAAAAACCCCUAUAAUAGCCACUCCUUAUACAUCAUGUUCAAACUGACUAAGAUGUUUGUUUCAGGGUUUCCCCUCCAGAAGUCCAACAUGACUGUCUGCUUUACCCUCUGUUAGGGCUUACAUCAUGGUACCAGAGUUACUUCCCUAGCAAUUACAAUAAAUCAAGAAUUUUAGCUCUCUGUGCACACAGGUAGAGGGAUACACAUACACACAAACACAGACACACACAACAGAUGAUGAUACCAAAUUUUAUUUCAUAUUGAAUGUCUGUAGCCAAGUUGCAGCUUAGUUAGUUUUUAUCAGUUAGUAAAUUUAAUUUGUACUCUCACUCCUCUUUCUCUUAGCCUUAAUGGUCUCUCUCAAAUUUCCAUUUAGUGAUGGGAGAAACCCCACAAAGUAGAAAUGAUUCUUCAUGCAACUAUUAAAUAUUCAGGACUCAAAAGUCAAGUCACAGUCUAGAGCAGGGGUAGUCAACCUUUUUAUACCUACCGCCCACUAAUGCAUCUUUCUUGAUGGUAAAAUUUCCUUACCGCCCACCAAUGUUUGAUGGAAGGAGGAUUCUGCUUGUGCUGUAGUACCCCCUACUGCCCACCUAGAAUCCUGAAACACCCACUAGUGGGUAGUAGGGACCAGGUUGACAACUCCUGGUCUAGAGGUUCCCUGGCCCAUUGUCCUCAAGAGCUGGGAAGUCAUUUGGUCUUGAUAGUGCCAUUACUUGUGCAUAUGGAGUCCAAAAGCACAUCUGAUUUACUAGCAAUAGGAUCCCAUUACCAAGAUGGCUGUCUCUGUAUGGAAUUCCAGGCCAGGAAUAACUUCAGUAUUCUCCAGAUUCAUUCUUUGUUCUUUUUCUUCUGCCUGAACACAUUCUGUAAUUAAGAACUCUGAUGGCUUCUUCUAGACUUGAUCUUGCUGCAAAUAUAUUUUUAUUUAUCUUAUUCAUAAAAAAUUAUACACCACUUGAUUGCCAGCCCCUCUCAAAUCUUUUCCAUGAUGUAAAAUCAUAUUUUUAAAAGAAGGAAUAUCAGUGUAUCUCUGUCUUUGAAGUGUUGUAUAUGGACGUUCAUGACAAAACUGCAGUUAUUUAUAUCUUCAUAUUUAUAGUCCACCUGAUCUCACUGCAUCAGGAUGUAGCUGGAUCAAAGGCUAGAAUUUCUCCUAGAAUUUUCUAGCUGGACAUAGCCAUAGUCAAGAAGUGCCACAUCAAGAUCAAAGGCAUGCAAGCAAAGGUCCAGAAAACAGAUUAAAUCCAGAUGUGUGACACCACAGAACAACCAUUCUGCCAAGAAACAUUCUCAGAAAGGAAGGCUGGAAAUAGUGGAGACAUAGCAAUCAAGUUUGGCUAGAGCAGUAGCAUCCAGGGUUGAGUUUCAUAACAGAAUCCCUGAAGAUUUCGUUUGAUUUGGUACUUCUCUUUUUGACCAUGAAACAUGGCCAGCAAAGAGAUCCCAUCUUGUCCUAACUAGCUUUUUUCAGUAAGCUAUCUUCACAUGUUCCUUCCCCUGCUACGUCUAUGUGUCAGACAACUUAAAAUAUAGUUAAAUCAGGAAGUGACUAACUUAGAUCCAUUAAUUUCAGUGUGUCUACUCUAUGUAGAACUUAGUUGGAUAUAACUAUCUGAAAGUCCUAUUCAGAUAAUUAGUUUGCAUGUAUUCAAAGAACACAUUAAAGGAGAGCAGGGCUGCAUGCACCAGCCCUGUCAAAUACAUUUAAUCCUGUUGGUAGCUCCACUUCUGAAUGCACAAAGAUGUGAAGGAGGAUUCUAACCAUGUUCAAAAUCAUCAUGUGAAUGUUGGGAGUGAAGCAGAUGGAUUUUUUUUGGGGGGGGCAGAGCAUGUGUCCCUUGCAUGUGUUAUUUGAACAUGAGUAGACCUAAUACUUUGGUAGUGCUAAACUCAUCAUACUCAGGAAUGGCCCUGAUUCCAUGUAGAUUCUAGGGCUGUUGCAUAUUUGGUACCCGUAUCUGUUAUUUUUAGCCUAAAGUUGCAGAAUAGUGCACGCUGCUUACUUGGCACCAGUUGAGACUAGCUUAAUUUACCACUUAGUGUAAUACAGUGGUACCUUGGUUUAAGAACAGCUUAGUUUAUGAACAACUUGGAUUAAGAACACUGAAAACCCGGAAGUAGGUCUUUGGUUUGUGAACUUUGCCGUGGAAGCAGAACAUGUUCCUCUUCCUGUUGAGUGUGUUCCAGUUGUAAAUUGAGUCCCCCGCUGCUAUGGAAAAGGACGCCUUGGUUUAAGAACGGUCUUCCGGAACGGAUUAAGUUCGUAAACUAAGGUACCACUAUAUGUUGAAUUUUGUUUUCAUGCCUUUUUAAGUGAUAAGGGCAAGCAAUCAAUUAUCUUCAUUAAAAAAUAAAUCUGACCACAGUGAAAAUGUAAUGGUAAUAAAAAGUGAUUUAGCAUCCUCUCCUGCUCACUUUCCAAAAUAACAGAGAUAUGUAUGAUGGGAUCUUUGUAGCUUGUUAAAGUACAGUUGUCGUAUUUAGCCUUUAGGAACUUGGGGGAAUUUGCCCAGCUGUAAUAGUCUGUAGGUUUAGGCUUCUAUACAUAGAAAACUUUUUGCUUCUGCUGAAAAUGCAAAAGAGUUCUGUGCUUAGAUUUUCCAAGACUUGCUAACACAACUGUGUUUUGUACAAACCUCAGCAAUAUGUAGAUGACAAGGUGAUGCUCUGCAGUAAGAUGUGCAAUUGGGAGUUUGUGUGAAGGCUUAGAACUUUCUUACACGACGUGUCUCAAACGUUUUAGAAGCGCACAGAAAUUGACAGAAGCAUAGCUGUCAACUUUUCCCUCUUUUAAAGGGAGAUUCCCUUAUUCCGAAUAGGAUUCCUCACAAGAAAAGGGAAAAGUUGGCAGCUAUGCAGAAGUGUGACAGCAUAUCCAAUUCCUAUUUACUAGAGUAUACUCAUCUGUAUGCUGCAGCAAUCUCCGAACUAUGGAGGAAAUACAACAGUGUUUAUCAACCAAUGGAGCAGACAUUGUUGGUGGAAUGGAUUCCUGCCAGCGUAUCCCCUGCAAUCUUCUCCAGAGGGUUGGGGGAGUGAUUGGCUGUAGAGGUAGGAGAAGUCCCAUUACACAAGUGAAAGUUUGCUCUUCCACUCAGUUGUGUGAAUGGCUUUCUUAUAGUAAAUUGCAAACACAUGGGGAGGAAUUUGUAUCAGAACCCUCACAUGGGAGUCGGAAGUUUAGCCUUCAGGCCCCCAUUGUUGUCCAAAAUGGAUUGGGUUCCCUGCAUUUGGAAUUUAUUUGCAUGGGAAGAAGGUCCAUUUUCUUGUGACUGGCAUCUUGCAUAUUUGAUAAUUCAAAGAUACUAAAGGAUACUAAAAAGAUACAAAAACUAUCCAAUUUCUGAUGUUUAUAAUAUUGUUACAAUUCUCAUCUACAAAGGGGUAUUUUUGGUGGGACUAUAGAAGUCACUGUGUUUCAGCUGAAUUUUAAAGAACUGCUCCAUUUACUACUCCCCAGCAUAAUUUAUCUGCACGCACUGGGAGAGUGAGUAGGAUUUUUGCCUGUAGUCUUUUACUUUGUGCCCAACUUAAAUGGAGUUUUAAUGGCUAUGAAUAAUCCAUCCAGAAUACAUCAAUAGAACAAUUCAUUUCUUCUCUAUGGCAGAAAGAAAGUAGAUUUAAAUUGCAUUUCAUUGUAGCAGUUAGCUAUAAAAGAUGAAAAUGUAUAUCUAGGUUCAAUAUAAUACAUAUUUUUGCUCUUUGGAAAAGAAUAUUACCUGUGGUCUUCCUUGACUUGUAAUUAUUUUUACUAAACAGGUAUAUUAACUAAUCAGUCAUGUUCAUAAUGACUAGAAAAGUUGCUAGGGUGUAACAAAGGAGCCACAUUUUCUGAUUCCUCAGCAAUAAAAGAUUGAUUAAAUUAAUGUGGUUAAUUCCAUUUUUAAACUUUUAAUAUUUUAAAUAUUUAAACUUUAAACAUUUAAAGAUGUGCACUGCAACCCUAUAUAUGUCGAUUCAGAGCUAAGCACCAUUGAUUUCAGUGAGACUUACAGGUAACUGUGUAUAGGAUUGCAGUCUUAAAGAGCUCAGUUGAUACCACCAGUCAUUGGGUUCUUUCUGAACCAUGUUCAGAGGUUCAAAAUUCUUUGUAGAAUCACAAUGUGUAAAAACUAACAGCAAGGGCAGGGGGGAAAGUCCUCUUUCACUCCAUGUUGGUACAUGAAAUUUAAAUAGCUGAGUUGGACUUGGGGAGGACUGCAUUUAAGGUCUAUACUUUUUCACAACAGGUGAUGUAUCUUAUUAUUAUUGUUCUUUAACACUGAUAUGAAGCAGGUGGGAGAGAUCAUUCAGAAAUUUGGAAUGUGGUAUCAGUAUGCUGAUGACACCAAGUAUUUUGGUUGCUGUCUUGAUCCAGAAGCAUUAUUGGUAGUUCUAAGCCAGUACCUGGAGGCUAUGAUCAGAUGAAAACUGAACCAGAGAACAUACAGUUGCUGAUAGCUUCCAUUACGUAAUAUUAAUGUGUUCAGCAUUAUAUUAACAUGCAGUUUUGAAGAGGUUGGGUUGCCCGUUCUGGAUGGGUCACACUGCCCUAGAAGCAUCAAAUUCAUUCACAUUUUAGAAGUGCUUGUUGACCCCAUUCUGCUUCUGGAUGUCUGUAACAAAGAGUGCUUUUAAGCAGCUGAGCUUUAUUUGCUUGCUGCACCUGACUUGAUCCUGUAGCACAAGAAACCUGCUAUAAAUACCCACAGUUUGGCAACCUCCUGUAUUUUCACUGUAAGAGAACUCUCGAUGGGGCUACAAGCCAUGUACUCAAUGGCUAUCUAGCUUUUAACUGGUACAGACUGCAAAGAGCUGCGCUUGCUUGACUUAAUUAGCUACUAGUGAGCAUCUGUUAAGGUUAAGGUGUUAAACUUUACAUUUAUCUAUCUAAUCAGUCUUACCCACGAGCAUAUUAAUAGGGGAUCUUUUGCCAACUAUCCAGUUCUUGCAGUUUAUCAUGGGCACAGAAUGAAUUGAUGGAUUCAUGGAGUUGUCUCUCCCACAGAUCAGGAUCCCCUCCCCCUAUUUUCCCACCACUGGAUAUAUAUAUUUUUAAAGAGUUUGCAUUCAAUACUUGGGAAUUUAUACAGGAAUAGAAACUGUACAAAUAAAUUCUUAGGUAGCAUUACUAGAUUUUAAAGCACGUAGCUAACAAGGUGAAUAUUUUUCCAUCCCUAUCACUUGAUUUAUUAAUUUCAUAUAAUUUAUAUAUGUCUUUUAACUAGAAAUCCCAAAACAGUAUACAGCAAUAGCAGUUUGAGAUAACCUAUAUAUACACAGCUGGUCUCUUGUUCAUAGCAGCAUUUAUGAAGCUCUGAAUCAGGACAGUUGGUUCAAUGAAAUUUGGGAUGAAAACACUCUUGCCCAGAAAGGGGUGCAUGAGAUUGAAAGGUUUCCCUACCAGCAGCCUCUCAAAACUUCCUUUUAGCACAUUAAAAGAAACUUUUUAAAAACAUGUUUGUUUUGGUUCAGGCAUGGUAAUUCAUUCUUUAAUCAUGGUAAACUGUGAACGUUUUAUAUCAUUGUUCAACACCUUCCCCCGCUCCUUAAUAAAAAACAAUUCACAAUUCCCUACAUGUUAUACACUAUCGUAAGAUAUUGGUGUAGGGAAACAGCUUUGCUUCAUUGGUUGAAUGUUUUCAAUCACCAAGGAUUAAAAUAAAUAUUCAACACAAAGCCUUGCUAUGAACCUGUGUGUUUUGUUGGAUGAAUUUUUUCCAAAUGUCACUUUGCAUUUUUCUGAUAUUGAAAAAGAUAAAAUACACCAUGUGGCAAGAAGGCAUCCUUUAGAAAAUGGAAAUCUUGUCCAAAUGAGGAGAACAAAAAGGAACACAAAGUUUGGCAAAAGAAAUGCAAGUAGACAAUAAGGGAAUAUAAACUAAAAAUUGAGGAGCACGUUGCUAAAACAAAGACCACAGAAACAAGAAAUCUUUACUUGCAUUAGUAGCAGUAGACUGACUAGGAAAACAGUUCCAUCUUGGGUUGAUAUGGAAUUGAAAGUUAGCUGAAGAAAUGUAAGUAGAUUGCAAGAAGUUGAAUGGAUUCUUGCAUGCCUCUGUCUUCACACUGGAAGAUGACUUUCAGGGGAAGAGAGUCUAAGGGGCUGAGGCAAAUAAUGGUUACAAUAGAUGGAAAUUAUAGGCCUUAAAAGACAAAACAGACAAACUGCUGGGGCCAGAUGGUAUCUACCCAGGAGUUCUUAAAGAAGUCAAAUGUGAAAUCGCUGAUCUUCUAACAAAAAAUUGUAGCUUGUUCAUAAGAUCAGCUUCUAUACCUGAAAACUAGAAGGGACCUCAGAAAUUACAGGCCAGUUAAAUGCCCCUUUCAGGAAAACUGCUGAAAAGUACUGUAUUAACAAAGACAAAACUCUCAAACAUAUCUUGCUGAAGUCCUUUCUUGGUAACCUAUUAGAGUUCUUUGAUACUGUCAACCAGCAUAUAGAUAGAGGUGAUCCACUUCACAUCAUCUGCUUAGACUUUCAAAAAGCUAUAUAUAUACACACACACACACACACAUACACACACACACACACACACACACACAGUACCUUACCAAAGAUUUCCUGAGUUAGCAGUUGUGGAAUAAGAGGAGAGGCUAUCUUUUAGCUCAGUAACUGGUUAAGAAAUAGGAAGCAGAGAGUAAAAAUAAAUGGGCAGUUUUCCUAGUUGGAAAGAUUAUUGUAGAAAGUGGAGUCACCCAAGGGUGGAUACUGGGACUUGUUCAUAAAUGAUUUAGAGUUAGGGGUGAGCAGUGAGGUAGAAAAUUUGCUUAGGGUGGAUUAAACCAAAAGGGGCUGUGAAGAGCUUCAAAAAGAUUCUUCUGACUGAAUAUAAGCAAGUUUAAAGUGCUGCACACUUGGACAAAAAAAAAAAAAAAAAAAAGAGAGAGAGAGCUAAAUUUUCAAUGCUCAUGAAAAUUUGGUGGUGUUGGACCAGGAAUGAGACUUUGGGUCAUAGUGAAGAGCUCAAUAAAAAUGUCAACCUAGUGUGCCGCAGGUGUGAAAAAGGCAAAUUGCAUGCUCAGAAUAAUGAAGAAAGGGGUUGAAAAUAAAAUGCCCGCAUCAUGACGCCAUUAUACAAAUCUGUUGUGUGAUUGCACUUGGAAUACUGUGUACAGUUCUGGUUGCUUCACCUCAGAAAGGAUCUUGGCAGUGUUGGGAAAUAGCAACAAAAAUGAGCAAGGGAACAGAGCAACUUCCCUGUGAGAAAAGGCAGCAUCAUUUGGAGGGGGUGCGUUAAUUUAGAGAAAAGGAGUGUAAGAUGAGUCAUGAAAGAGUGUGUAUGCAUGGUGGAGCAAGUGGACAGAGAAGUUUUUUAUCUCUCAUAACUCUAGAACCUGGGGACAUCCAAUAAAGCUGAAUGUUAGAAGAGUCAGGACAGAUGAAAGAAAGUACUUCUUCAUGCAGUGUGUACAAAACUAUAGAAUUUACUCCUACAAGAGGUAGUGAUGGACACCAGCUUAAUGGCUCUAAAAGGUUAGACAAAUUCAUGGAUAAUUAAGGCUACCAAUGCCUAUUAUCCACAACGGUGAGCUUCUACCUCAAAUGUUAGAGGUAGUGUGCUUCUGAAAACCAGUUGCUAGGAACCACUGGUGGAGAAAGUGCAGUUGCCCUCAGGCCCUGGUUUUGCACUUCUCAUUGGCUUCUGGUUGACCACAGCAGGAACAUGGGGCUGGGCCAGAUGGGCCAUUGGCUUCAUCACCAGGCUCUUCCUAUAUUCACCAUGUUUGCAGACUGAUUACUAUUAUUACAGAAGAGUCAUAAAUAUUUUUUGUUUAAUGAAGCAUUCUUUUAAAUUAAUUUGUUUUAUAAAGGAAGCUUAUGUGUGUUUGGAAUAUUAACACACAGUUUAUUUUAUAUGUUACAUCUGAUUUUUUAAAAAUAAUCAAUAGAUUAUAUGAUUUUGAAAGCCGACAUUAAGCACACUCAUGCACAGUCCAGAGAACCAGCAAAAAUAGCCAUGUCUUCUGAGUGUUAUAAAUAGAACUAUUUACUUUAUGCAGAAAGUCAGUUCCUUGGACAGAUUCCCAUUUUUAUUUAAUUUUGUUACUCAUAAUUUUUUCCACUAACUGAAUGUUUACAAUAUUUACAGAACCUUUAGGAAUGAGGCCGGCAAUACACCCAGCUUAUGAAACAUAUAUGACCUUGUGUUUGACCUACCAGUGGGGAAACUGGAGGUGAAAGAGAACAGGGCUUCUGUAGCUCUAACAAUUGUGUAAAGGGAGCUUUGGCUGGUGCAGUUUGUCAUAUCAAACUGAUAGAAGUUGAAUUUCCCUCUCCCACGCAAUAUGGCAGGGACUGAAACCCUGCCAUCCUUUGCUUUUGUCAGCAUAAUUCCCCAAGUGGUAUUUAUGGAGAGUCACCCAUGGCAUCGAUUCAGGGCCACACUGUGACCUCCAGUAUUUGUCUGCCAUGUAGAAUUCAGGCUUUACUCUCAUAUUUUAGUUGCAAGCAAAAUGCCUGCCAUUUUGACAGAUGAGGAAUGCAGGCUUGCAAUCCAUUGGGCUUCUGUGCUCCCUGCCCAUUGAGGUGUCCUUUUCAUUGAAGUUGGGGAGCCCAGUGUUGAGAAGAGGUCAAGUUUUGUUCUCGUCGCAAAAGCAUCCAGACAUGCAGCACUUUACUUUCUCACAGAAAUGAAUGAAUGCAGUUUGUUCCUUUAGUAAGUGGGAAAAGGAUGGUGACAUGUCGUGGGCAGCUCACUCUAUUCUGCACCUUGGUGAUGCUAAUCAGUGCAUAGCCCUAUUUUUGCUUUCUUUUUUGAUGAUGCUAAACUGGUGUUUUUAAAAAAUAAAUAAAUAAAUUAUAGAUUAAAAUUGCAUUCCAUUCUUCAUAUAAGGAGCUCAGAGCAGACAUAUGCCUUUUAUCUUUGCAACAGCACUUUGGGAUCAGUUAGGCUGACAGACCUAUUUGCCCAGUGUGAGCUUCUUCAAGUGGGGAAUUGUGCCGAAGCUGUCCGUGUGGAAAGUCAAUGCCUUGGCUACAGCAACAUGCUGAGGAAGGUCUGGAACAGUUGUGUUGGAGUGGCAGGAAAAGAAGCUUUCUUUGUAACAGGAUGAUUAAGCUUUAGGCGUGUGUUAUUGUUAUGAUGUUAGCACUGGUAUCGUACUCCAGCACACUAUAUAGAGAGAUCACCAAAUAUUUCACCAAAUAUGUGAACCCAGAGAGAGACCUUAAGUGACCAAUGUUAAAGUUUUUCAAAUUCCCUAUCUUCCCAUGGUUGAUGACCUCUGAGUGCUGUGCCUCCAUCGUUUGACCUUCUGGAUUACCAUGCUGUUGGUAAAUCAGUGAGAUCCAAAUAUAGUGCCAUGCACAUACAGUGAGAUGCUAAGCUUUGUGCUUCUGUACAAAGGAGGAAGAUAUUCAGCCAAUGUGGUGAGUUUGGAUUCUUCUGGCAGCCAGGCUGUAACACAUGAGGUUAUGUUACAUGCAUGCAUCUGGGUCUGUUUGGGGUUUAUUCAGAGGUGAACAUUAAUCUGAAUUGAGGUGACUUUUAGAAACCUGAUUUGAAAUGGCUACAUGAUAGUAUCUGUUGAACAACAAGGUCUACUUACACACAAUAGUGGCAAAAAGCCCAACAGAAACAAUGCCUGACAUAUAAAAGCAACCUUGGAUUUUAUUUUUUUAAAAUGAAUGUGUUUUAAGUGCCAUACACAUAUGCAGGAAAAGUUUAAUUGCAAGGGAAUACAGUUCUGUGCUAUAUUUAAUUGUUCAUGGCAGCAGAGUACGUAAGUUUUUCCAGGGAAGCUUGAAUAUAUUCACAUCUAUGAAGUUUGUAGCACUUUCUUUUACCCUUCUUACAUUGUAGCCAUUCUGUUUUGCAAUUGCCCUCUUGGGAGCAUUGCUACAAACGAGCUCUUCCUCUUUAUAUUAAACGUUUAUUGUAGGGAGUUUCAUAGUGAAUAGGAAAUGUAUUAUAGAUAAAAUGUCAAGGUUAUAUGUCACAAGACUGAAAAGCUUCUAACAUAACCAUAAAUCACAGUAAGGAGAAACACUGCAAGCUCUGAAGUUUGACAAUUGUAUGGCAAACAAAAUUAUAUUGCGAUCUUGUUUGUGUAUUUGGAUACUUGCAGUAAAGUUUUACUUUACAGUAAAACAACCAGAGUGGCUUGACCUCAGCUGAAAAUGGUAUUUUCACCCCCACUUGCAUGAUUUCAUCCAACCAAAGUUAAGAACGUUUCAGUCCCAUAUUUACAGUGUGAGAGUUGAUCACAUAUUUUAAAGCUCUCCCACUGACUUAAAUGAGCUUAGCUUUGUCUGAAUUGUGUCCAUUGAAGUGGGUUCUGCAAAUUGAUUUAUAUGUAAUGCUAAUCCAGACUUUGGCUUAGUACAAAUGCACAAGUGUGAUGGUUUCUGGAGAGGAGGUCAUGACCACUAUGUGAACAUGUAACCUCCAGCUGAUAAAACACCCCCAUGCUUUCUCUGCAUUUUCCAGAGUAAGCUUCAAAACAUCUAGAAGUAGGGGAGAAAUCAGAUAAAUUGGAAGAAAAUGAGGACAGCCCUAUCAUACAGUAAGAAGAAACAGUCUGCUAUGUGUGAUAAAUUUUAGGGAACAGGUGAAGGUAGAAAGUGAUGUUUCAACUUUUGAAAGUUUAUCCUGGCUGUGGGGGUUGCCAUUUGGAGCUCUGCUUCAAGCAGCAAAAUCACCUGGGCACUGAGAGAAAAAGUGGUUGGAUGCUGAACAAAUGAUGUGGAGAAGGAGUAUGUCUCAUUAGGUUAUUUCCCAGGGUAUGUACUUAGGAUUGAAACCUGAAGUCAUCCUUUUUGCACAUAGUGAAAUUAUGCUGCAUAUCCAAACUUGCAACUGAACUCUGUUGUCUCCAAAUCCUCAAAGCUAAAUGAACAAUCCCCCCCCUGCUGUGGAGAGUGGGGGCCAAGAGAAAAUGCCUUGAUGAGUUAGAUGUGGUCUGCAAGAUGCCUAAUUACUCUUGGCCUCGCUAAUCCAGUGUCCUUUUAAUGGCUAAUUCAUGUUAGCGUUUUAGCAGAUACAUUCUGCAAACUAGAAGGCAAUUAUGAAAACAAUCCGUUCCUGUUACUUUUUUCAUUCUCAUGUUCUUGUGACAUAUAAAAGCAUUACAGGGUUUGAAAACAGUUGUGAACUAUUUAUUCAUGGUUGUAAAUUAAUACCUCCACUAUAUAUAUAGUCUAAUACUUGGCAGGUAUUUUGUACAUUGUGGAGAGCCAAUACAUUGUAUUUAGUUACAGCACGGUUAUCAUAAUAACAUAGUAUAUUCUCAAAAAUAGAUGUGUUUUCAAAAGACAAGUUGAUUAUGUACAGAGAUCUGGAGUUAAACUCCUUUGUUCGCCUUUCUAGAGCUGUUGUUAAGCUCCCUCCCCCUUCCAUAUACAUUUACUGGGUUUUUUGUGCUUUAAUCUAGUUAAGCACUGAAGCACACCCUGUUUUGAAAAGAAAGAUGACACCAAUCAUAAAUCACAUUGUUUUUCUAUUUGUUUGACUUGGCAGCCAUUUUAAAAGAAAACCUCCCACACGUAGACAUUAAAAGCUUGCUACUAUACUGGAUGAACUUUAUGAGAAACCAACCUCAGCUGCAGAUGGGAGUUUCCCAAAGAUUACUGCCCAAGGCUAGUUUUGAACCAGUAUCUUAAGACAAUCACAGUUACUGAUCUUAUUACCUCAGUGUAUAAGGAUUCCAAUAUUUCACCACAGUUACUAACUUUUGAAGAUAUUUUGCAUUGAAAAGUAUGGAUGAAAUCUCAGAAGACUAUGAUCCCCACAAAAGUUUCUAUUUUGAGAUUUCAGCCUUACUUUCUAUGACAAGCUUUUUUCAUGUAUCUUUCCAUGUGGUAAUAUUCCUAAUAUUCUCUUUGUAAUACAGUAUUUAGGUUUAGAUCCAGACUUCCCCUUCUGCAGGUUCAAGGGCUCCUUUCAUUGCAGAUGGCAUCAAGAUCCAGCAGAGCUUCCCUAUGGAAGUAGGACCCAGGGAGGAGAUGCUUUUCAUAGAUUGUUCCCUACUGCUCCUUCCAUCACCUGUCAGACUGUUCUAGGGGUAUACCAAUCAUAUAGAGGAGAUUUUCAAAAGUUACUGGGGGCUUCAGGGAGAAGGAGAGAUCGACAAGAAUCACCUUCUCCUCUUCUGCCCUUGGAAGUGUCGACUCUCUGGUGUUCUGCCCCCAGCGAGUCUGAUUUUAAUCUUGAGUGAACCAAAUAUGAGAGUUGCAAUGUGGUUGUGGCCAAGCAAGGUUUUGAAAACUCUCUUGAGGCCUGAAUCAAACACUCUGUUGUGCACGAUAUCUUGACUUAUCCCUCUCAAUUUCUUAUUAAUAUAUAUCCAUAACUGCUCGAAUGUAUUAAUAUCAACAUGAGCCAACUGGCCAGAUUGGCAUUUUAGUCUGCAAUUCCUAUUAUAAUCAGUGGGAAUUGCACCAUGUUCCCAAGAGUAGCUUUUCAGAAACAUUGCAGUGUAUUUCAAAACAAACAAGAAUGCUUUUUCCCAUGGAAGGUCCAAAGCAGACAGUACAUGAAAUAAAAAUUAAAGGCUUUGCUGGGUUUAGCCAUUGGAUUUCUGUUGUCUGGAUUUCUGUCAUAAACAGAAAGUUAGUACUAUUAUAGCCAUACUUAACUAAUGUAAAUGUAUUUUAAUUUGUUUAAGACCAAGUUUUUUUCAUUUAUGUUGCUCACAACCGAGGUCUCACAGCCACCUGGUCUUGCAUUGGACUUAUUUUGUAUCCCAGAUGGUAUAAUGAGAAAAUGGUGGUGGGGUGGGAAGGAAGUUGAACAUGUGUGUGUGUGUUUGUGUGUGCGUGUCCUGUUAUUGAUGUCCUGAUGUGUGUGUGUUAGAACAUGGGGGAGCCACACUCACCUUGGCACAUGGCCUCCAGAAGGAGAUGCAACCCUUUGCCAAAAAAUGCUAGCCUCCUCCUGUUCCUGUCUGCACGCACACACAAAUGCUUUCCCCUUGAUCACUCUAAUCCAUGGACUAGAUAGGAUGGUUGAAGGGAAAACAUAUGUGUGCAUGUUUGUGUGGAAAGCAGAGAUGUUCAGUCAUCCUUUACAAGUUUGCUUUCAGCAAUCCACAAUGCCUGCCCUAAGUAUUCUGCAGGAUCUUGGUACACCCCCCAUUGUUUUUUAUCUAUGCAAACCCUUACUGCAAACAAUUAAUUCUUCUUGUCCCUGUACAUGUUCCCACAAUUUAAAAAUAUUUAGAAAGUGUGUAUCUACUUCAGAAACAGUGCCCUUGAUUUGUUGCAUUGUGACGCUCGUUCCAAAGCAGACACAAUGAUAUGAAGGGUUGGCCAAAUGAUAUGUUAGUCCCAUAUUCUUUGUGAUGACGUAGGAUUAGAUUGUCUACAGUCUGCUAAGGUUCAGGAGUCACUGAGAGAGGAUAGACAUAACCACCCUGCUUGUGAUAACUGUUCAUUCCUUCUCUUUUGUUUUCCCCAAUGCAUUUUAUUAUAUUUUUUGGGCAUAACAACAAACAGCUAAUGUCCACAACUCUUACAAAGAUAUUUUUUUAGUGUGGAAAUAUGCACACAGUAAAACAUAUCUGAGUACCACUCUAUAUUUCUAAGAAGUUCUGUCCAGCCUAUUCUGAUGAGUUAAUCAUUCUGACAGUGUCAGUUGCCAUGUCCUGGCAAGCCAGCCUGUAGCAGCAUAACCUGCUUAUACUUCCCAGUUACAUGCUACUUGCAUGCCCGCAACGUCUUAAUAACACCCAAUUCAUGUAGAGAUAUUUUUUCAAUGGCCCAUGAUAUGCUAGCAAAUAUUCAGAGGUGAGCACUUGUUUAAAUCAUAUCUGAGAAACUCCUAUAAACUGCAAACCAUGAUCUCUCUGGACAUUCCCAUCACAAAGGAAAGGAAGCUCCUCUCAUUCCACAUUCCUGGCAACACUUGGAGGGCAGUGAAUUAUUUAUGUCUUGCAUUCUUUGUGAGAUCAUAUGUCAGCACUGAUUUGUGCAUUCUAGCUAUUCUAUAGAAUUGUAUUAUAUUUUCUACAUGUAUUCCUAUUCUGCUUGGAGCAUCGCUCAUUUGUGCAGUUCUGCAUGCAAUUCCUCAGGCUUCACUGAGAUGGUUUCUGGGCCAGCAUUUUAUCCAAGAAACUGAAAUAAUUUUUCCAUUGACAAUUUGCUCAAGCAAUCUUUCCUUUUUGAUGAGCACUUUCCAGCGAUAACAACUUUUUGCUUGUCAGAUGAGAGUUCUUUGAUGCUCAAGUACUACAUAGAAGUGAGUUGUAUGAAAUCACUGAUGGAGCUUAUUAGGUUUCCCAGCCCAAGGGCAACAUGUUUGGAGGAGAGGGCAUGCAUCUACAUGUUCCAGUCUUAAACAAAAAAGUUAGUUACUAUGAUUACAACUGAUUCCUUUUCUUUGGGAGUGGCAUGUUUUUCUGGGUUCAUUGCUGCCUUGCCUCACUUUCAGCCCCAAAUGUUUGCAUAAAUAAAGCUGUGGCUUUUCAUGCCAUGCUACUUGUGUGUUCUGAUUUAUUGGUUGAAAAAAACAAUGGAAGCAGGUGCAGGAGCCUGCAAGUUAAUAAUUAACUUCAUUUAAGGUGGCUAUUGUUUUUAAUAUUUGCUUUCUUAAAAGUAUAUUUUUCUUUUUUAUAUAUAUAAAAAAGGUCAUUUCUGACCAAAAUGAACAUAAUAUGGCUGAAAAUAUUUCUUAAAUGGGAUAUGCAAUGAGGUGAACAUGUAUUUUUCCAUCAUAACACUCCUCUAGGAAAAUAGCAUUUCCCCAGCAUUUGUUGCUAGGAAAAAUGCAAGUUCCUUGCCCUGCACAGCUGAUAAAUGUGGAAUGUCUGGGAUAUGGAUGAGUGAAGCUCCUAAGCACAUCUUGACAUUUGUAAUACUGCCAAGUGAUUAAAGAAACAACUCCUCAUACUGUACUUUGGGGAAAGUUUUAGAUUUUGUUACUUUGGUAAUUUUCCUUAAUGGUGAGGCUGAAUGCUGUUGUGUUAUAGCCCUGAAAAGCGGGGUGGCUCAUAUAACUAUUCACACACACACACACAUGCUAAAAUGGGAUACAGCCAUUUCGAGACUUGUUUCUCUUGCUCCAUUUCUUCUUCAGUUGGUUGAAACCUGGAUCUUUCUGAACAGACAUCUUCCAUGUGAGAGAAUUAAGAAACUUGCCUUCCAUCUGCAAAAAAACCUGCUUUCUGUCCACAGGAUAGGGAUGGAUAAUGAUGUUAAUAGUACCAAAGAACCAGGACUUGGCCUACUUUUUUCUUUCCUUUUAUCUGUUCAUCAGCAGACAGAACUACAGUACAUUGCAGAUUUCAUUAUACUUACAAAAUUAAAAAAAUCAAUCCAACUAUUAUCCAUUUCUCAUUUCUAUAUUGAAAAAAGUUAUCUAAAAUGUUAUAGUAUCAGUACACUAUCUCUUUCACUAUCCAAACUUUUUAAAAUUGGUAAAAUUAAAAUAAUUUCUCAAGGUAUUAUUAAGGGAGCAUCUUCCAGUUUUGAGCAAUUAGUAUGUUAAAGGUAAAGGUAAAGGGACCCCUGACCAUUAGGUUCAGUCAUGACCGACUCUGGGGUUGCGGCACUCAUCUCACUUUAUUGGCCGAGAGAGCCGGCAUACAGCUUCCGGGUCAUGUGGCCAGCAUGACUAAGCUGCUUCUGGCGAACCAGAGCAGCGCACGGAAACGCCGUUUACCUUCCCACUGGAGCGGUACCUAUUUAUCUACUUGCACUUUGGCGUGCUUUUGAACUGCUAGGUUGGCAGGAGCAGGGACCGAGCAACGGGAGCUCACCCCGUCACGGGGAUUCAAACCGCCAACCUUCUGAUCGGCAAGUCCUAGGCUCUGUGGUUUAACCCACAGUGCCACCCGCGUCCCUAUUAAUAUGUUAGCUGCUGAUAUAAAAUGAAAACCAACUCUGUAGUUUGUUUAUUCCAGACUGCCCUCAAAUAAUUUAAGAUUGCUGUCUCUGGAUUGUAUGGUAUCUGUAUACCUAGCAUACUCUGAACCUUCUCAGCUAAUAAGCAACUGCAAUAUUUAUUAUUUGGCUAUGUUUCCCACAUACAUAUAUUUAUUUUAUAUUUUUGCUGUGCUUUGUUUUAGGCGGGAGGCACAAUUGGAUGAAGAAGGGCAGUUUCUAGUUAGAAUUAUUUAUGAUGAUUCAAAAACAUACGAUCUGGUUGCUGCGGCAAGCAAAGUCCUUAGUAAGUAUAUCUUUAUUUCCUUCAGCACUGAUUAACAUUUAAGGAAAAACUGAAGUUUACGUGUAGUUAGUUCACAAUGUUUGUUGAUUUGCAUUAAGGCAUUUAUUGCGUUGUAGUUUUUCAUGCCACACAAGCAUCUUGGGAAUGUCAGUUUUCAUUGUUAAAAGAAAGAGAAGGUGCUUGCGUUUCAAAUGCAUCAAAACAAAAUUGAAGUACACAAAAAUAGAACUCACAGAAUUCUAUGACAGUGGAAUCUUGCAAUAAAAUAUUAAAAGCCCAAUGCAUUCAUGUUCCUCAGUGCUGAUUAGGAAGUAUUAAAUGUGAUUUUUUUUGGUUCUGCAGGGGCUUCAGUGCCUUCAGGUAUUAUAUAAUGCUUCAUGUUUUCUUUAGACCUUAACGCUGGAGAAAUCCUUCAGAUGUUUGGGAAGAUGUUUUUUGUGUUUUGUCAAGAAUCUGGUUAUGACACCAUCUUGCGUGUGUUGGGCUCCAAUGUUAGAGAAUUUUUGCAGGUAAGAAAUCUGUGGCAAACCAUUAAUGGUCAAAUUCCAGAGUAAUUUCUCAAUGGCAGCAGCAGUUGUGGCCCAGUGUGGCCUUGGGCAAACUUGAGGUGGGGAGGCAAAAACCUUCCAAGCGUCUGGUUGGUCACCAUCAUCGGCCCCGGCCAGUAAAGGGGUCCAAGGGGAAGGAUUCUGUCCAUAUGCCCAGGUGGGGGCUAAUGGGUCAUGGAAGUUAUGCUUGGCUGAUCCAGGAUACAUACCCAAUGCCUAAGCCAAAGCCUUCCUGCAACUGUAAUCAGUAAAGUUGUGGCCAUUUCAAUUCCCCAAGGGUUACCAUGUCAUUUAUUGUUUCCUAUAUCCCUUAGGGUUGUUGCAUCUGGGCCUGCAUGUUUAGUAAAACCAAUCCUGUUGAGUUCCAUGGGAAUUAACUCUUGCAGUACCUGUUCAAAGAAUUUCAAAUGAGAAAUCUAUUUAUGGCUAUUCUCUUAGGCAAUAAUUAGUGCUUUGCUGCACUACCUAUUCCAUAAAUAAACUGAUUUUACAAUUCACAUUUAAGAACUGAAUUAACACACUCAUUCAGGAAAACCUACCUACCAGUUUGCAUUUGUACCAUAUCAAGUUAAGGCUCCAGUUGCACACUAAAUUAUGCAUGAACACAUUCUUUAAAUUAAAAGGAAUACAAAUAUGUGAAACUUAAUUUGAAAGGCAAGCAAAAAUAAAUAAAUAAAUAUAAUUAGUAUUUUAAAAAAUAUACAAUUCUGGAGCCAACUGAUGAUUCCCAGGUAAGAUCCAUCCUCUGUUGUGUGGGCAGGGCGGUCCCUCCCCCUACUUGGCCGAUUCCCUGGCAACGCCUCCCCAGGUGGGAUUGGGCAAUUGGCUGAGGUGGGUGCAUACCUCCAGGUUUCCAGCCUGGGGAGGGCGAAGCCAGCCCAUACUGCCAGGAGCCGCAUGGGAUCCGUGGGGGGGAGGAGCUGCACGUGACCAUGCAAAAGGCGUCCCCCAUUUGAUGUGGGGAGCGGUCAUUAGUAUUUUUUUUAAAUAUACAAUUCUUCCUUUUUAUAUUAUGUAGGGCUGAAAGCAUUACUAAUGGAAAUACAAAGCAGAAUGUAAAAGAGAGGCAGCUUUUAGUUAAGUGCAAUUUGAGAAAUCCCAAGGGCAUUAUUAUGUUAUAACCACACACAAAAAAAUCAAUCAGGCACCAAGUGGUGCUUAACCUAAAAUACUUUAGGGAGUAGUUUAUUUGCCUUCUCAUAUUUUAAAAUUAGCAACAGAGUAUAUGUUCUAUGGCAUUUUACAACACUCAGAAGAAAUGCUUGCAGAAUAUGUCCAACAAUGUGCCCCAGAGCUUAUUUUUCCAUCUUUCGCUGCAUAUACCCCAAACCUAUCUACUUAAGGAGCAUACUGGCCAGUUUACGUGUAACACGAACCCACGGCUAAGUCUGAACAUGCAAGUACAGUCAUACUUCAUGUUACAGAUGCUUCAGGUUACAUGUUUUUGGGUUACGGACCGCAGGAAACCCGGAAGUACCGGAAUGGAUUACUUCCAGGGUUCGCAGCUCGCGCAUGCGCAGAAGUGCUAAAUUGUGCUUUGUGCAUGUGCAGAAGUGCUGAAUUGCACUGGCGCCUGCACAGACACAGCACUUCAGGAUGCGAACGCUGCGGGUUUCGGACGUGCCUCUGUCAUGGAUUACGUCCGCCACCCGAGGUUCCACUGUACUCUUGCUUACUGGCAGCGAACUCCAUGUUGGGAAGCUAGGUAAGGAACAUGACUUCACCCCACUGGCUGCUACUGCUUGGGGUGAGUUUUAGCACCCAGGUGAUGUUAUAGCCACAUGUUUGCCCUACUGGCUCCAUUCAACACCGGCCAAUAAGAGCAUGGGGCACUGACUUCCUUCUCCUCCCCACAUUUUCACCUUUCACUGGUUGCAAUUUGCUCAAAGAACUGUAUCCAGAAUAUUUCAUUGGUUUGUUACUAAUGUCUCUUACAUUAUCCCCCUUCCAGACUCCUACCUCUCACUUACUUUUUUUCCUCCCUUUUUGAUGGACAAGCUGUUAUCCUGGUUAGUGGGGAAUCUUGAUACACAGGGUAGUUUUAUUAAGGGCAGAACUGGCUAAAAGGGAAAUUGAAUGGCAAAAAGGCAUGUGAUGAGCUAUCAUUAGUUACCAAAAAUGAUUCUUCCUGCUAGAAAGUGGCAGGGAGGUCACAAGAGGGCCAAUGAGACUAUGUUGUUGUCUGCACUCGGACAUUUUCACAGGAAUUGUAAAUUUAAGCAAUCCAGUUUCCAGGAAAGGGUUUUACUGAAUGGUGCUCCUCGAUUACUGCCCAGAAUUAAUUUAAUGCUAAGUAAGGUUUCUUACUUAACAUUAGAUUUGACAAAAGUUUCAGGAACCAGUUAGAACCACAUACACAAAUUCUCCUGUAAAGGCACCACUGCGAGGAGGAUUCUUGAGAGGAGCCACUGGACUAUCCCAUAAUACUAAGCUUGAGCUUUCUUUAUUGUGAAGGGUUUAGCUUGAAAUACGGUCACUUUCUCUGACUCCUUUGGAAGAGUGCCACGCUCCUUAGUCAGACAAAACCAAAAUACAAGAGUAGUCUUGAGAGCGGAAUUUCUCAGUAACAAAAGAGUCUUGAAACAGGCCUUUGGAAUGGGUUGAUCUUUCCCUACAGCCAUCAUAGUAAUCCAUUCAGAGAAAUGCAUGGGUUAGUAUGCUGGCUAUUGAUAAAAACCAUCUCAAUAAAAUGUAAAUUUCAAAUAAGCAAAUAAAGUAAACCAGGAAGCUCUAAGCUGAGUUUAGCCCAAGGAAUUAAUUUACAAGAUGCUCAUUUCCUUUGGAGACCUCCCAAGAGAAGAAGCAGCUGUUGAGGCUUUUCAUUUCUCACAGAAAAUAAAGUUCAAGCUAUUUCUAAAGUUUUGAGGAUCUGCAGAUGCUCUGUAAUACAGCUUGCUCUUAUAAAACAUUGUCAUCAUCUAUUAUGUUUUAAAAACAUCAGCGCCCAUAUGAACAUUAAUGGCAUUAGAAAAUGCAGAAGGACGAGACAGAGCAGGUAGCAGUGCUUGUGCUACUGUAUGGAGCAGAAUUUGGAACAAAUAUUCUUCAGGCAGUUAUGUUGCCUUCACACACCAUUCACUUUUACAGUGAAAGGGCUGGAAAAAUAGGUUCUAAUCGUUUUCUGUUAUUAAAUAAUCUCCUUGCAGAACCUUGAUGCUCUUCAUGACCACCUUGCUACAAUAUACCCAGGUAUGCGGGCCCCAUCCUUUAGAUGUACUGAUGCAGAAAAGGGGAAGGGACUCAUUCUGCAUUACUAUUCCGAGAGGGAAGGGCUCCAAGACAUUGUAAUUGGAAUCAUCAAAACAGUCGCUCAACAAAUUCACGGCACAGAAAUAGAUAUGAAGGUAAGUUGUAGCAUAAAGUUUCACCAACUUUCCACAUGCCACAAAUAUAUAUUCCACAGGUGCUUUAAUAUUGUUUAACUUAAAAUAUUUUGUUCUCAGAGGGAAAAAGAAUUAACACCACAUUCUCAACGUGCUGUUCUCCCAUUGUUAGACACAAAAAUGCACUGUGUUAUGUGUUACUGUUUUACUGUUACUGUUACUGCACUGUGUUACUGUUACAAGACUGUUUUCAUGACACCGAUUGGGAGGUAUUCGCCCAACAGGAUGUAGAGACUCAUAUUGAGCAAGUGUUGGACUAUAUUAGGUUCUGCACUGACAAUGUAACACGGAGGCGCCGGAUAAAGAUCUACCCAAACAGGAAGCCCUGGAUGACAAGGGAGGUCCAGGGGUUGCUAAAGGCAAGAAAUACUGCUUUCAGAAGUGGAAAUAAGUCGCUGUACAGCUUAGCUAGAGCCGAUCUAAAGAGAGGUAUCCGUGUAGCAAAGGAGGUGCAUAGACAGCGGCUGGAGAAUCAUCUACAAAGUAACAACACCAGGCAGGUGUGGCAAGGUGUACAAGAAUUAACAGGGUAUAAAUCUAAGGACUCCCUGGCAGACGAGGGAGGGGCAUCCCUCGCAGAGGAUUUGAAUGCCUUUUUUGCCCGUUUUGAAGUAACAUCUGCAGCAACACCUGCUGAGGCUUUACCAACACCACCACCACUCCCUGUGAAGGCUUUGCCAUCAUCACCACCAUUGCCAUCAUCAGUCCAAAGGAAUGCAGUAGUCUCUGUGGAAAAAGAAGAGAUGAGGAAGGUGUUGAAGGGAAUCAACCCAAGGAAGGCCACAGGGCCAGAUGGGGUAGCUGGAAGGGUAUUGAGAGACUGUGCAGAUCAACUAGCAGGAGUUUUCACUGGGAUUUUAAAUCGAUCCCUAGCCCAGGCUAUUGUUCCAUCCUGCCUAAAGUCCUCUAUUAUCGUUCCAAUAGCAAAAAAUCUAACCCGGAAGAUCUGAAUGAUUUUCGUCCAGUAGCACUCACACCUAUAAUCAUGAAGUGCUUUGAAAAGCUGGUACGAAAUUAUGUCAUUGCCUGCCUACCAGAGGGACUGGACACAUUAUAAAACGAAAAGAUCGACAGAGGACGCUGUGGCGAUUGCCCUCCAUGCCAUCCUUGCACAUUUGGAGCAGCGGGGGGGUUAUGCCAGACUGCUUUUUUUAGAUUUCAGCUCGGCAUUUAAUACCAUUCUACCACAACGUCUGAUGUCUAAACUGGAAGAUCUGGGGCUUCCGUUAUCACUUUGUGGGUGGAUAUUGGACUUUUGUCAGACCGCCCCCAGAGGGUUCGGUUGGGCCCCUAUACCUCUAAUAUGCUCAAGACUAACAUAGGAACACCACAGGGAUGCGUACUCAGUCCGCUCCUUUAUAUUCUCUACACGUACGAUUGUGUCGCUACUCACCCUAGUAAUAGGGUUGUCAAAUUUGCAGAUGACACAACCGUGAUUGGGCUCAUCCCUGAAAGGGAGGGUGAAACGGAUUAUAGAGAUGAGGUGGAGCGGCUGACAGAGUGGUGCAGAGCUAACAACUUGCUCAUAAAUACAAGGAAGACAAAGGAGCUUGUGGUGGACUUCAGGAGACAGAAGAGAAACGUCCAGCCACUUUUGAUUGAUGGGGUCUGUGUGGAGAGGGUAACAACGUUCAGAUUUUUGGGCAUUGAAUUACAAGAGGAUCUGUCCUGGAGUGUCAACACAAGGGGGCUUGUGAAGAAGGCGCAGCAGAGACUGUACUUUUUGAGAAUACUAAGGAAAAACCAUCUUCCGCAGAAACUGCUGCUUGCCUUCUAUCACUGUGCCAUUGAGAGCGUCCUCACUUAUGGCUUAUGUGUGUGGUAUGGAAGCUGUACUACCCAGGACAGGAUGGGGUUGUGCAGGGUUGUUAAGGCAGCAGAGAGCAUUGUUGGCUGCCCACUCUCCACGUUAGAGCAGAUUUAUGCCACAAGGUGCCAUAGGAAGGCACUGGACAUAGUAAAAGAUCCAUCGCAUCCUGGUCACUGUCUCUUCGAGCUCUUGCCGUCGGGACGGAGAUACAGGACGAUGAAGACAAGAACGAGCAGUCUUAAGAACAGCUUCUUCUCCAGAGUGAUCUCGGCCCUGAAUGGGAAGCCCGGACUUUGAAAGUCAUCUAAUCUCCCUUGCUGUAUUAUACUGUAUUGAUUAAUUAGUGUUUUUAUGGAGCAGUCAAGUAAUUUCGUUUUCCCCAAAGGGGGCAAUGACAAUAAAGAUAUUAUUAUUAUUAUUAUUAUUAUUAUUAUUAUUAUUAUUACAUGCCUGUUUCCAUUGCUCUAAUUAUUAUAGUCAAAAGUUCAAGAGCUGAUUUAUAGAAGCAGCAGUAGUCCUAGGUCAUGAUGCAGAAUAUUUAUUCAUUCCACACUCUUUUCACAAUGUUAAAUUUUCUCCACUAUCCACUUUAUGGCAGCUUGGCAACUCACCACAACCCACCAUUGUAGAACUGUAUACUUGUUUUUUUUAUGAAAGAGUGCAUCAGAAUGGUUUCAGCGUAGCCUAAACUAGUGUCCAAGUCAAAGGAAUAGCAACAGCAAUGUUAAAAAGUGAGAUCUGCAACAAAGUGUUGCAGUGUAUCCUCACCUGGUAUCAUAAAAUGUGAUACCAAUAAGGAGGGAAGAGACACAUGUUCGGAUUUUUUUGUGGAUUUUUCAGCAGGGCAAUGCAUAUAAAUGGAUUUUAUAUAUAGUCAAAAUCAUAGUGUGUCACAAAGAAGAGAGAUCAAAUGGAGAAUAUAAGGCAGAGGAGCUUUUAUGAUCGCAAGGCUCAAAUUUUCCACACCAGAUGAACUGUGUACCAGACAGCUAUGACAAAAUCAAAUUACAGCCUGCCACAAACACAGAGGCCAUGUGAAAGUCAAAGUAUGUCUAAUAACUCAAUCUAUAGAAUUGUGACACAUAACUGUGGAAAUACAAAAAUACUAGUCAGUAUGAUCUGGAAGUAAACACACACAGCCUUUUGAGUGGAUAAGAAAUUAAAGGAACCAAAAAAAAGUCUACAUUGGACAAAGAUUGGAACAUACUCCUAUCUUUGUUGGUUUCCUAUUUUUCUUCACGCAGUUGGCAAAGAGUUUGUUUUGUCUACAGCCUUCAUAGAUUUCUAUUUUUAAAAGGUUGGGAUUUAUUCAUUUCUUUUGCUAAAUGUCAAGAAAAUUAUCCCAAUAGCACUAAACUCGUGGAAAUUGCACAAAAAAUAUUUAGCCUGACAGGACACCUAGAAAUCAGAAUGCUUGAUACUCAUUUCACCUUGAUUGUCACAUUUAGCUUCAGGAAAAAUGAACAGAGGCAGCUGUAGGAUGGGAGACAUGCAAGGGCAAAAGGAUAGGCUAUUACAGUAUAAGGAAGAUUGCCAAAAUAGUUGAUUUUUUAUUCAUUUGACUUUCUCUGCGUAUUUUGGGGGCUUGCUAUGUUUUACGUAGGGAAUGUGGGUGACCGCCACCGCAACAUGGACAUGUGACAUCACACACACUAUGUGCAGUUGUGUGUGUGUGACAUCACACAUUCACAUUGCAGCGGCUGGCAGCAGCAGCAGUGGCUCCUCUUUGCAGCCAGCGAAGCAUCCUUUUCCACAGGGAGGUGCUCAGACUUGGAGGCAGACUCUGCCCCCAUGUCUGAGUUUCCCCAUCCAGAAAAGGGUACCUCGCUGGCUGACUCUGGAGGACACAGCUGAACUUCUCUCUUGAAGGCACCACCACUGCCACCUGCUGGCUUUUCUCAAUGACUUUGUAGGUGCCCGGCUCCCACAAUUAUAUUAUUGUGGGUGCCCAGGCACCCACGGCCCCCUGGAGUUGGCUCCUAUGGUAGGGACACUGACCACCUUUGACCUGAAGCAAGCAGACAAGCAAAGAACAAUGUUAUUGACAUAUGAGCCAUAAACUAUGGUCAAUCAUAACUAACAUUUUUUUUGAAACAAAUCAGCUUCCUAAAUCAAGGUUUGUACUUGGUUUGCUACAGUAAACCAUAGUACAGACAUAAUGUUUUCAGAUGUAAUUGAAGUGAAAGCUUCUCUUCUUCAGGGUGUCUCUGGAAAAGGGAAAGAGAGUUUGUGAAGGUUCAUUCCUAUAAUGAUAAACUGUAGUUUAUUGUUACAGUAUGCUUGAAUGCCCUCUCACAUGACAUUUCAGAGGAAUACCACUGUCAGUCUGUUGCAGCUGAAACGACAGUCUUGUGGGACCAUAAUGUCCAAAGGAUUUAUUCUAAUACAAGCAUUUGUGGACUAGAAUCCACUUUAUCUUAUGUAGUGUUAAAUCAAUGAUAAAUCAAUAAGUCUUUACGUCCCAUAAGACAAAAACAUCUGGUGAGAUGUUUUUGUCUCAUCAAAGGACACCCAUUUUGGUGAAGUGUUUCAUUAGUGCUGGGUCUCUUUUGAAGCUGCCAUUGAUCUAAACUACUACAAUUGAGCAAUGAGUUAAAUUUAGCUCAGGAGCUUUGUUCUGGUUGUAUAAGCCAGGAGCAUAACGUCUCUUUCAAAAUCCAGUUGGCAUGUCUGUUCUUUUAAACCAUAAAAACACACACACACCACCAUCAUUUGUUAGUGAGCUGCCUUGGAGUAUGUUAAGGGAAGGUGGGCUAUAAUUUUUAUACAUAAAAAAGUCUGACCUAAACAGGGCUCCUUCUUUGCAAGCUAAUUCCCUCCACUGCAACACACACACUCAAAGGAAAUGUAUUCAUGUAAAAAUGCUGCUUCACAUAUAUCCUUGCCUCUCCCACAAAUCUCCAGUUCCAUGACGGUAAACAAUCACAUACCUAUCUUACUUAAUGUGUUUUUCUCGAAAAAAGUGAAAACAUAGGACAUACUGUACUAUUGCAUAGCAUUUUCAAAAGCUAACUUUAAUGCAACACAAUGGACAUAAGCACGAAACAAUAUAAAACUAUCUAUGUUUCCCCAAAAUCUAAAAAUUGUUCUGAAGGUCUUUUGUAAUGCAGUUUGUAGGCAUUUUCAAAACUCUCUCCCUUAUAAAUGCCGCUUUUCACACAGCCAAGUGGGAACAUCAGUUUUGCAGAAGAUUUUAUUGCAAAGCACAGGAGAAAGAAUCUGCUAGAUAUCUCUUUGAAACUUAAAGAGUGAUUUGUCUUCAUUUUUAUUGCUGUUACCAUGGUGAAAGAGUACGUACGCAUGAUUGGUUGACGUAACUUGGUAGCUAGGUCCAGAGGGAAACAAAAGUCAAACUUUAUUCCUGGCUGUGUCGCUGCUGGUGAUGCUCUUUCAUUUAUUUAAUAUCACACAGUCGGGUGUUUAGCAAAUUCCCGGACCUAUUUGAAGUCAUAUAAAACUUGAGAAGCAAGGAGUUAUCUAAUUCUGCUUCUAUGAACUUCAGAUGGGUGUGUGUGUGUGUGUGUGUGUGUAACUUAGGUGUUUUGAUUUUAUGUUUUUUUAAAAGAAAAGGUUACUUGAACAUCUUUGAAUAACAAGCAAGUAACAAGUCUAAUAAAAAUAAUAGUGUCAGGUGUUCUACACAAGGAGCUUUGGGGCAGAAAUUCAGCAUUUGCAGGAGCAAGCCUCAUUGGCCUCAGUGGAACUUGCUUCUGAGUAGACAUGUAAGCAGCACAGGCACAUACAUCUUUAAAAUGAAGUUAAGAAUAAUUAUUCUUGAUGGAAAGUGCAAGAGAAUGAAGUAGAUGUGAAACUGGUCAUACUCCUCGGGGAAAAUACAAUUUUUUUCAGUGAGUUUUCAAACACAUAUUUGCAUUCAACUCUAGAAUAUUCUUUUUAAGAGGCAUUAUUUACUUAAGGUGCAGGGCUUUUUUUAAGAGCCACCCCACCCCCAGCAGCGUGUAUUCUGCCAAUCACAUCAUCUUUUUUUAACAGACGCUCAACUGCUUUCAUUUUUUCCAGAAUACAACGGAAAUGUUUCUAUUGAUUUCAGCUGUGCUUUGGCUCAAGCACUUACUUAUUUUUUAGUGUUCCGACUCCUUCAUGUCCUUCCCUCACCUCCUUUAUCUCAAUUGCUCUUAUUCAUUUCAAUUCAGCACUGUGAAUUACAGUUGCAACUGUGCUGUUAUUGACACAUACUCAUUCGGUAGAGGUCAUUGGAGACUGCAGAGCACUUGAACGAAACAGCAGAUUGGUUUUCUGAAACUGUGGCGACUUGCUGCUGUUUAAUAGUGGCACUUUUUGAAACAGACUAGACAGUUUCAUAAGUUUAGUAGCGGCGGGGCGGAUCCUGCUAGUAUUCUGCAGGGACUUUUAUAAUGUACAAAUCAUUUGGCUUGCAUGUUUUCUUUCGUUAUAUUUUCAGCAUUAUCCCAGGAGGGAGGGACUUUGAAUAGAAAGAGACCUACCAGCAAUAAGCAAUAUUUGUUAACAUUGCAGGCUAAGCACUUCAGCCAUAUUGUUUUUUAAAAACCUUUGUAUUGUAUUUAUUUUAUUUUAAUUAGGGCUGCAGUAUUUAGUAAAUUAAUUAGUUGCAUUAAUAGAUUCAAGAAACCUACAGCUAUCUAAAAAGGUGCAGCCGGUGAAUUAGGCAGCAGAUUAUUUAUAUAUUAAAAAACCCUUAUUCAUUUCUUGUUUUGAUAUUAUUAAAAGCUGUGGGUGGCAGGCACCAUCUUAGAAAAAGCACCCCCCUUUUUAUAUCCCAGAAUAAUAAGAUGGUGGAAGCUGUGACAUGUGCAUGAUUGCCUAAAAACUAUCGAAGUGUGUUUCAGUAGCUUUGUUUUAAUAUACAAGUCUAUGCAGAUUUAAUAAAUUGAUCAGUUAAUAAUCCCACUAAUUUAUAUAGUUAGUGAACUAAGAUUCUGUUAAUGAAGUGGCAGUCUAUGUUUUAAUGGAUUAUUAAAAGAGGGAUGAAAAUAUAAUCAGGAGGGUUUUUUUAAAGGCAGUUAUAUCUUGCCGGAUAAGAUGAAUUGUUUGAUUUUCAAAAUUUUGGCUGCUUUUCCACAAUCCUAAUUAUGAGACUUAACUACAAUGGAGUGAACCACAGGUGGAACUGGUUCAGUUAAUUUUGGAACUGGUCUUGCCCGUUAAUUUCUAAAGCCCUGUGCUUCUGUAGCCUUCUGUGCUGUAAACUGGAUCCCUACCCUUGGCUCCUCUCCAUCCCGAGAAAGGAACUGAGAGUCUGACAAGACCUCAGAAGACUGGGGUAACAUUUAAUCCACCUGGUCCUCAUUCCAUACCCUCCAAUACAUUGAAGCUGGAAACCAGGACAUGCAUCUUCCCAGCCCUGCUCCCACUUGAGUCACAUGACCCAUGCGAGAUCACAAAUCUCUUGUGAGGUCGCAAUCUCGUGUGUUUCAGGAUGCCAUGCUGAGAGCACGAUGUCCAAAACUGGCUUGUCCCAAUUUAAUCGGGGUAGUUGACAGGUAUGCCAUGCAUGGUGGUCAAGACUUCUUAAAGUUGUGGCACUGCCUAGGGUUCCAUUUCAUUUCAAACCAGCCUUGGCCUCCAGAUGGCCUGGAAUGUAUUUAUUAUUUCUUCUGCUGCUCAGUGGUCUGAUGCUCUCACUGCCCUUUCUACAUUUGAACAUAAGCGUCAAUCUUAUAAGUGUCAAUCUUCUUUGGAUACCUAUUUGUACACAUUGAUUGUCUAUAUUAAUUUGUAUGUUUAAGUCAGGAUUGAUGGAGCAUUUUUUAGUAUUAAUGUCAGCUGGUGAUAUUUUUUUCUCUCUGCUAUGUUUGCAUUAAAAAAUAAAUAAAAAUGAACAUAUUUCUAUAUAGACAUCCUGCUCAAAAAAACAAUGAAACAGAGUUGUGGUCAAUGGACCCUCAAAUCCAGAGUCAAAAUCUGGAAUUAUGAAAAUCAAGAAUAGCUCUUGUUCAUUGCUAUAGAAGAAUAACCCUAAAAAAAUGUUUUAAAAAGUAAAAUUGCCCAUAAUUGUUGUUGUAAAUCAGGUUUUUGUUGUUAUUAUUCAGGUUAUUCAACAGAGAAAUGAAGAGUGUGACCAUAUUCAGUUUUUAAUUGAAGAGAAGGAGUCUAAGGAAGAAGAUUUUUAUGAAGACCUGGACAGAUUUGAAGAGAAUGGCACUCAAGAGUCUCGCAUCAGUCCUUAUACUUUUUGCAAAGCUUUCCCUUUCCAUAUUAUAUUUGAUAGAUAUCUAGUUGUCACCCAGUGUGGCAAUGCAAUAUACAGAGUCCUUCCACAGGUGAUAAUUCUUAUUUUUCCUGAAAACUGUAUACAUUUUUAUUCCUCUGUGCUCCCAUCACCACACCCGGUAAACUAGUCAAUGCUAUUCACUAGCUUAUAUUGGUUGUGGUAUUUAUUAUGCAUGGACAAAUUUUGUAUGCACUGCUAGAACUCCAAAAGACAUUUCACAUUAAUGCCUUUAACUAAUUCCAUCUUUGUCUUCAUAAAGUAUCACAGUCCUUCAUUUCAACAGCCUUUUAACCAUUAUUUUAACAUUUUUAUUUUUAAUUUAUUUUACAUCUGUUGGAAUUGAUCAAAAGUCCACAUAGGUGCCAAGUUGAUCAAAAGUCCACAUAGGUCUCAAAUCCUUCCAUAUUUUGAGUCAUAUGACUAGUCAUGUGGAAUAUGCAUCUCAAGAUGGUGCAACAAAUCAUUCCUUGAUUGGAACUGACCAUCUUUACUCAAACAGUUUAUUAAUAUGGUAAAAUCUAGUGUUGUGUAUAUGUGUUUGUGUAUGUGUGCGUGGGGGGUACUCCUCAACAUUGUACUGAUAAAUUAGCAUAGAUAGAGCAUUGGGAAACAGAAUUCAAAUGCUACAUAUGAUAUAGAGUAUAAAUAAUUUCAGGUCUUUGAAAAGAAAUUUGUCUGUCUCAUUUAUAUUUCAGCUCCAGCCAGGGUAUUGCAAUCUUUUGUCAGUGUUUUCGUUGGUUCGGCCUCAUAUUGAUAUUAGUUUCCAUGGAAUCCUCUCACAUAUCAACACAGUCUUUGUGCUGAGGAGCAAGGUAACCAUACUGUUCACCUGCCAUUUUUCAAUGAUAAUCAUGUUUUACUUGGAUGAACAAUAGAACCUCAAAUUUCUUUACCACAUUUUGACAUCUUUCUGCUUGGGUGAAACAGAAGUAAAAACAACAUUAGACUGUGGAUGGCAUUAAAGUAGUUUGUGGAAAGAUAUGAAAAUAUACAGAUAUAACUAUGACACCUUUAGCUGCAGUUAUGGGUUUGGUUUUUUUUUUCUUUUCUUUACAAGGAAGGGCUGUUGGAUGUGGAAAAGUUAGAGUGCGAAGAUGAAUUAACUGGAACAGAAAUUAGCUGCUUACGCCUUAAGGGUCAAAUGAUCUACCUACCAGAAGCAGAUAGUAUUCUCUUUCUUUGUUCGCCAAGGUAAGCAAACACAAUUUGUUUAUAUUGCAGUGCAUUGUUACAAAAACUUGUACAGUAACUCACAUCUUACAUGAGGGUUCGGUUCUAGGAGUCCACAUGUAUAUCUAAAAAUGCACAGGGACGUGGGUGGCGCUGUGGUCUAAACCACUAAGCCUCUUGGGCUUGCCAAUUGGAAGGUCGGCAGUUCAAAUCCCUGCAAUGGAGUGAGCUCCCGUUGCUCUGUCCCAGCUCCUGCCAUCCUAGCAGUUUGAAAGCACGCCAGUGCAAGUAGAUAAAUAGGUACUGAUGUGGCAGGAAGAUAAACAGUGUUUCCAUGCGCUCUGGUUUCUGUCACUGUGUUCCGUUGUGCCAGAAGUGGUUUAGUCAUGCUGGCCACAUGACCCAGAAAUCUGUCUGUGGACAAACACCGGCUCCCUCGACCUGAAAGCAAGAUGAGCGCCACAACCCCUUUGUCGCCUUUCACUGGACUUAACCAUCCAGGGGUCCUAAAAUGCAUAAAGCCAGGAACUCCCAGAACCAGGUCCCCUGCAAGGUGGAGAGCUGCUUACUCAACUUUGGGAAGGAAGCAGGAGAGCUCUGGUAGGGACCUAGAGUCCCUCCCCCACCUACUUUCCAAUGCCCAGUAAUUUCUUGCCCAGAUUUGGGAAGGGGGCAUUUUCUUACACUGCCUUCCCUAAGCCAAGUAAGCCCACAAUCGCAGCUUUGUGCAGGUGGAUCAGGGGGAAAUGAAUAAAUGUAGGGUGGGCUUCCUCUGCUCUCUAUUUGUUUAUUUAACCCCCUCCCUAACCUGCCCAAAUCUGUGAUCACUUAAGUUAAAUAAGCAUCAGAUGUGAAUUACCUGUAUUCUUUGGGCCAAAAUAUCCAUGAUGCAAAUGGUUGUGUGUGUAUUAGCAACAACAACAACAAUUUAUUUUAAAGAAACCAUUUGGAGUGCCCAUUCGGGCAGACCAAUUGUACUUGGUAUUUAACCCUUUUCACCCUGCACCAUCUGCCUAAUCUAAGCUUGUUUCUCAAGGUGCUGUUGACCCCACAGCUCUCUCUCCCCCCCCCAGGAGCUUCAUGAAAUAAUUUAGAUUGGGAAAAUGGUCAAAGCCUCUUUCUCACCACCACUGCUCUGAUGGGAGGUCUAGACAUGGAUCUCCUUAAUCACCUCUGUUUUGGCCGUUUGGCUUCAACAUUUCCAGGACAACAUUCUUGUGGCACAGUAACAUAAGCCCAUUGAUGGCAGAACUUGCUAGUUUCAGAUAUACUGAUCUGUAUCUGCUCUGUGUCUUCUUAUUCCCUAUAAUCCUCUGUUAUGAUAUGUGAAGGAAGGUCUUUGCAUAGCAGGCAAACUCACAGCACUAUCACAUCAUGGGUGUUUCUGUAGUGACUUUAAUUGUUUGAUCGCACUUCUCCAUUCUCAGCUUUAUCUCUCUUCCCCGUGUUGACAGGGUAGAAAAGGCGGCAUAUUCAGUGCAUAUUAAAUAAUGAGGGUGGUAGAGGUUCUCUCUUACUUUGGGGGAGUGUCAAAAUAUAUUUGCAAAUUAACUUGAUCAGUGUUUUUAAUGGCUGUGCAAGGCAAAUCUGAGUGCCAGGUUUAACUCACCAUUUCCCCAUCUGGUCUUUUGAUUGUUUAUUUGUAUUACAGUGUGAUGAAUUUGGAUGACUUAACUAGAAGAGGGCUAUACCUGAGUGACAUUCCACUGCAUGAUGCUACCCGUGAUUUGGUCCUUUUGGGAGAGCAGUUCAGAGAGGAAUACAAGCUGACUCAAGAGCUGGAGAUACUAACAGACAGGCUUCAGCACACAUUAAGAGCACUGGAAGAUGAGAAGAAAAAGACAGACACGUAAGAGUUGAUCUCUUAAGUUUACAUGAGAAACAGUAGAAGUAGUUAUUUUCCGUCUUAACCUGUAUUUUGAGGCUUAACAAACACAUCUGAUUUUGAAUUGUCCUGUUAGUCAGUGACUCUUUACCGAAUGCAUUGUUGCCAUAAUUCUUACAUAAUUCUUAUGAGUGCAAGAUGAACUUCUUGAAUGGAUGUCCAUGUCAACCUCUAUCUAAGAUCUGAUUCUGACCUGUUAAAAGUUUUAGAUCAUGCAUAUCCCUGUAUUAUUCCUCCCACCUUCUGUAUUAUGAGGCAGCCAUUGACCUAAUGAUUAUCAGUUUAACUUAGUGGAAUAGUUAAUAUUUUAUGAAUCACUAUUAUGAAACUAUGGUGUUUCGUUUUGGAAAUGUUGACAUUUUGGUCUAAGGAGUUCCUACCUUGGACAGGAUAGCCUUCUCAGUCUUGGUAUCAGUGAUGUGGGGCUGAUUUACACAUCACACUGAUUGUAGAGAUAGCAGCCACCAGAAGAUUCCAGCAGGUGCAUGCAGGUCCUUAUUGUAAUGGUGGCCACCCACAUUCUAAGCUUCUCUGAAUGUCAUAGGUGGGCCAGGAAUCACUGUUUACAGUAGUGAGCAUUUGACAUAGUCACUGACUUUCUUUAAUAGUUUUAUGCCUUCUGACAAUCUGAAUAUGAUUACAAAUUGGAGCUGAUAUGUGAAAAUAAGGACACAAACAAGUUAAAUGAAAAUUAAUACCUAUUAACUCAUUCAGAAUACUAUAUUAAGUCACUGAAUAGCUGUGUAAACUGUAUUUCAAUGGGCUCAAAAUGAAAGCAUUCUGGAAGACUUCAUGUACUAGUCUUCGAAGGAAAUGCAUCCACUUUUAUUGUUAUCUCCCUUCAUUAUCUUUCUUCCCUCUGUUUUCUUCCCUCUGUCUGUUUUCCCUCAACGUCUCAUUAGCUUUUAUGUCUUGGAUCCUAAUGUUUGUUUACUGGCACAUAAUCUAUCUAUCACAACCUGAAUCAGUUGAGCUUUCAGAAUAAUAAAAUAUUUCUGGACACCAUAAAAACUUAGGAAAAAGCUGGCUCGGGAGAUCUUUGUUUAAUUUGCAUGCACAUAACUUAAGGGCUAAACGAGAUUCACACAAUUAGCAAUUAUUAGGGGUAAAAGGUUAACGCUGCAUGUCAGGAUUCUGAUCUGUAUCAGGGCCCACACACUUCCAAUUUGCUUUUAAAAAGCCAUUCACAUAAUUCCUAAUUGUGUGAAUGGCAUCUCAUCUAGUCUGAACCAUACAAUCUAAGUACCUUUUAUGUGUAGUCUUUAGAAUGAAACAUUUCGCUUUUUGUGAAUAUUGUACUUUGCAAUUUUUUUGGGUGGGGGGAAGACAGUAAAUAAUAAAAUGUGAGCAUAUAACCCUCUAGCUGAUAAUGGAUAUCUCUGCUGAAAUAUCAAUUUAUCCAGACUGGAAGUGCUUGUGGGUGUGUAUAUUCAUCUCACUGUUGCUUGUUUGACCAUAGGCAUUGGUGACAAAGGAAAUGAAUACAUAUAACAUGGUUAACUCUGCCUCUGUUGGGCCAUUUUCAUUUUUCUUAAAGCUAUUGCCUGUCCCCAACUAUUCUCUAGAUAAAUCUAGAGUAUGUGACUUCUUUGCAAAAGAUUAAGGGCACAUUCCAUGGAACAUUACGUAUUUUUAUGUACCAUCAAUUUCAACUACAGAGAUUUAAACUCAAGUCCUUGAGAGUUUAGCAGUGCUUUCUCAUACCUAUAUAGUUUUGCCCAUUUUAUCUUUCAGUAUUCUAGGAACAUUUUUAAUGCACACCAAUGUCUGGUGCUUAAAGAGUAUUACUUCUGUCAUUAAUAUAUUUUUUAAUAAGUGACUUGGAAACCUAAAAUGUAUAAAAUCAGCUCUCACAUGAGAAGCUUAUUACACAAAAAAAUGACUCAUGUUUAUCUCUUCCUUUUUUUUUUCUUUACUAUUACUGUCCAACGUUAUGUAGCUUGCUGUAUUCUGUCCUUCCUCCAUCUGUGGCCAAUGAGCUGAGGCACAAGCGCCCUGUGCCAGCAAAGCGCUAUGAUAAUGUGACCAUACUUUUUAGUGGCAUUGUUGGGUUUAAUGCCUUCUGUAGUAAACAUGCCUCUGGAGAGGGAGCCAUGAAAAUUGUCAAUCUCUUAAAUGACCUUUACACAAGAUUUGAUAUCCUGACGGAUUCACGAAGGAACCCCUUUGUUUAUAAGGUAAGCACCACUGCUUCAUUUCUGAUUUUUUGUUUGUUUGAGAUAAUGCUGCAUUAAAUGAAAAUUAAUGUAGAAACAGCCCUGUAAUGAUGAAAUUAUGAAAGAGGUGUAUUAUCUGAGCUCAGUUCUAUGGAGUAUUAGAAUUUCCCAUUGAUGUAAUAAUGGUUUAAUUCUUGGCAAGAGAAAACAUCGCGCUGAAAUAAAUUUAUUCUGAAGACAAAAUAGCUGCAUCAAUGUUGAUUACAGAAAUUGGGGAAAGUGAACUCCUGACUCCAAAACACUUUACUGAUGUUUCUUUCUGAAUCCAAAUACCUGAGGCUAAGCUGUGAUUUCUCUUAGUGUCAUGUCCAAGUCAUGAUUUGUCUCACUUGAGACAAGAAAUCAGCUGUAGCCAAGGUUUGUUCUUUGUUUACUACUCAUGUUUUGAGAAACAAACCAUAAGCCCAUGUUCAGAUGCUAAGCCAAACCAUGGCUUACUUCUGGAUAGUGUGAUAGUAGGAGGACUGAGAGAGGAAUGCAGCCACUACAGUCUUUGCUCCAGGAACCUGCAUGUUUACUUGUUCACACUUUGUUUGGGCCUCUCUCCCUCCCCCUCCCCCCGAUUUAUUUUGUUUGUUUGAUGCAGCAAUAGCUAGAACAUUCUCCAAGUGUUUUAGCUGAUAGCGAGUUAGAUAGAUCAAGACUCUUGCCCCUGAAGAAGAUUGUCUUCUAAAUGUAUUUGGUUGGGUAUAUCAUAUGCUAUAAUAAAUUAUAUUUCCCAAUCUGAAAUUUUGCUUGGGUUUCGUUUUUUGUUUGCUUUUUGGUGCCACCCUUCCCUUCCUUCUUCAUUAAGCUUUCUAGGCCUCUACACUUGCUACCUAUCUAAAAAAUAAUGCACUUUUCUCUGAUUCUUCUAUAUUUAUACCAUACGUUGCUUUUAGAAAGUAUCCUGUGAUGGGGCACAGAUCAAUGGGUUGCACCCAAUGGAGUGCUAAGUUAAAGUCACCUGGCGGUAUACUUGUGCUGCCGGAACAUUGAUACACAAGGGAAAACACAAGCACAUUACCAAAGAUGGUUGCACAACAGAUUGCACAACAAACUUUUAUUAAUGCAACUGUUGUGUUGGAUUCCUUUGUUGUGCAACCUUUAAACUGUACCAUCUGCUAGUGCAAGAGCCCUUUCUGUUUCAAAGGUAUGGCUAGUGUUUGUAAUAACACUGUUUCCACGUAACCAAGAAAAUGGAAUAACUUCCAACUUCACAUUUUAUUAGGUUGAGACAGUUGGAGACAAGUAUAUGACAGUAAGUGGCUUGCCAGAGCCAUGCAUUCACCAUGCGCGUUCUAUCUGCCACUUAGCAUUGGAUAUGAUGGAAAUUGCCGGACAGGUUCAAGUUGAUGGAGAGUCUGUACAGGUUAGUAAUUAACAACAUGCUACUGGUCCUCAGGGAGUUUUUAUACAAGAAGAAUUCAUACCUAGAUUUUUCAAACAUAUCUGAGUGCCAACUUUCAGGUGUGUGUAGCCUAGAAACCAUGGGGCAAGAUCGUACAAGACCAGUAUUAGGCACUGAUGCAGAAUGCAAUAGGGAAUGGUUGAGGAAUACCACCAAACUAAAUAUACUUCCAUGUGAGAAUUACUCCAUAUUUCUUCCCACCAUUCUCAUCAGUGCUUCCCCUUCCCCUUGAUAGUGUGCAUUGAGAUAGGUGGUCUGGAUCAUGCUGAGGUUGUUAGGUUGUUCCUUCCCUCAAGACUGGUGCUUGGGACAGAUGAAGGGGACAUUAGGAGAAUGUGGGUUGAGAUAAUACAGCAACAUUGUUCCAUCCUCUUGUAGGAUAACCUUGUCUUUUGGAAGCUCUUUUGCUUAACAAGCACUCAGGUAGUGGCCUCGUUUGUUUUAUUUUUUUAACAAAGUCUUUGUUGUAGUGAAGCUUCUAAGUCGUUUACAGAAAUAUUAAAAUUAUCAGUAAAACAAUUUAGAAGCAGUUGUGCAAUGGCUACAUUUAUCUCCCCACAAAUGCUAAGCCAUCUACCCACUACUUAUGUAAUUGUUUAUUGUGCAAAUGCAAAAUUGCAAUGCUGUAUGCAUUUCACUUCAAACAACUUGGUAACAUCUUUUUAUUAUUGUUACUGUUCAUCUGUAUUUUUGUUCAUUUUAAAAGAUAACAAUAGGCAUCCACACAGGAGAAGUAGUCACAGGUGUCAUUGGUCAAAGGAUGCCCCGUUACUGUCUUUUUGGAAACACUGUUAAUCUAACAAGCAGAACAGAAACCACUGGAGAGAAAGGAAGAAUCAAUGUCUCUGAAUAUACUUACAGGUGAGAAAUUGAGUGUACAGAUGGCUUAUAGCAAUAUCCAGAAAACAGCUUUCUUAGAACAAUGGGCUCACUUUUUCAUUGAUUUUAGAGACAGCUCCUUAUAUCAGCUGAUUUUUUUGGGGGGGUGGGCACACUGCCAAUACUUACAUGCAUCACAGAGCAAUUCUAACCCCUGGCUGGGGAACAGUCAGACAGAGUGGAGAGAGUAUAUUUGACAGGGUGGGAGAUUUUUCUUUUUUGCUGUACCAACUCCAGGCUGCCACGGUUGAGAGGUACAUAGAUUGUGACCUUUGGGAGAUCCAUAAGACUUUGGAUCAGGCAGAUACAAAAUUGCUGGCAAUUUGGGCCUUCCCAAAGGCUACCACAAGCAGGAAAAAUGCUGCUGGAGGCUUCCUAUCUGACUGGGUACAAUGAGGACCUCCGUAGCAAUGGAGCUCUCCCCUGUCAUCAGAGAUCACAAGAAGGUCAACUCUUCCAAAUCCUAAAACCCUCCAGCUACAAAGAUCAGGGGGUUACAGUUGCAUUGUUAGUGCAAGCAAUUAUUCCAUAUGGGGAAAGACAAUCACCUUCAGAUACUCUGGGAGUUAUAGGCUCUUUAAGACAUAUUCUGACAUCUUUACUAUAUUGCAAGUCUUGGCCUGAAAGCACUUCAUGAAAGUGUAUUUUGCGGUUAAUGGUUUGGUUAUAUCUCUUUUUAUUUGCAGGUGUCUAAUGGCUCCUGAAAAUUCAGACCCACAAUUCCAUCUGGAACACAGAGGUCCCGUUUCCAUGAAGGGUAAAAAAGAACCAAUGCAAGUUUGGUUUUUGUCCAGAAAGUGCACAGAGACAGAGGUAUGACUAAUCAAAAAGUGCUUUUAAAAAGAAGACGCACAGAAUAUGUAUGAACAGUCAAAAUCAUGACAUUGUUUUUCUUGCAAAAUUCAAUGUUCCCUCGAAGAAAUUAACCUUCUUUUUUAAACCCAUUAAUGUAUUUCUUGACAAUAUACUAAUUUGUCCCUGGUGUUUAUGCAUUUGUUAGAAAUCAGGCUUUCUGCUUCAAAAAGUCAACGAGAGAGUGAUAAAUCUUUAAAUUUUAAUCUCACACACUUUCUACGUCCUACUUUGCUGGAACUGGUAUUAUGCAAUGUCUGUGGCUAGGAGUAUCAGAAAUUUCUAACCUUGCUUCUCUUCAUUUAAAAUGAUAUUGCUGUCAGUCACCUGUAAUAUGCACACAACAUCCCCUUAGUAUUUGUUUUCAGAAACGGAUUGAUUUUACCAAAACAUAUUUGCAAUUUGGCCUGACAUAAAAUUGAAAGCCACUAUUUGUUGAAGCUCUAAAGUUGAAAACUCUUCUUUCCAAAUAAAUUGCUUUAAAGUGGUAAAGUGCAUAGUAAUUAUGGCAUCCUAAUGAGCAGGCUUUACUAUAGAGCAAUAGAUUUAUAUUCUAACAGAUUGGGAACUGCUAGCAGAAGUAGCUAACUAAUUGCUUUAGGGUGCAGUCCUAACCCCUGGCUUGCUGGGAUGGGGCUUGAAGAAGCUGCACAGCCAGUGCUCCGUCCCUAGCGCUCAUGCCAUCCAAGGCAAAAGAAGGGGGUGGCAGGAAUAAAAUGACCCUUCACUGCACCAGCUCCCAGAGAACGUGCUUGAAUUGGGUCUAUUGCUGUCCUAUUGCUGGCAUAUGACAGCAGCAGAGUCCCGUUUUAAAAUGGGAAUUUUCUCAGACAUCAAUACUGAAUUGCAUUACAUGGGAUAUUGUGGAAUGUUCCAGAUUCCACAAGGCAAUUGGAGGUAUUUUCUUAUUUUAUAGGAAUUUAAACUAUCAAGUGCACUUGAGAGUAACUCCCAUGAUUAAAUAUGGGUUAGUGUCACUACCAAGAUACAUAAAGCAUGUGCUUCCUCAGACACCGUUUUAAUUUGUUGCACUUCACCCAUGUGAGAAUAUAUCUUAACUUAUCACACAUUACCACAAGCUCAACUGUUUCCUUUUCAAACUUUUCUCGCAUGCCUUCAAGGAUGUAACGCACGAUGCUAACUGAGCCAGGCGAAAUACAAGAGGACAAAGAACAGAGUGGAACACUGUGUCCUGCCACUAAUACAGCCUGUUUGUAAUUAGAUGUGACUGCUGUUGCUACAUUUGUGUCUCUUCUGUUUGUUCAUCCAAUGUGUGCCAAACAAUAACAUUUUCACUAAGCUCCUCUGCCCCCUCUCCCACCAUGCUGCUGUUUGGUCACUCCCCUUUUGAUAUUGUAGUAGGUCUUCUGUGGGUCUGUGUAUCUCAAUGUCUUUUGUCUCCCAUUCUUUAUCUAACACAAACUUUUUCACAUGCCACAAGGGAUGUAGUGCUUCACACAUAUGCUUCUCAUCUACAUCUUUAGUGACUAAUCACCAUGAUCUUUAUGAUGCUGUAACUCAAACUGUUUCUGCGAGGGGAAAAAUUCCAAUUGAUAGCAAGCAUCAUGAGCUCAGAGAGCUGCUAUUUUUAUAGCCGUGAUUUGGCAUUUUGUUGUAAAGUUUAUACUAAUCCAUCUGCUUUCCUCCAAUCUGCUAUUGUGAAAUAUUGCAGUUUGUUCUAGAAGGUAGCUUCAGUACGCUGGUGGUUGCUCUUUUGCUAUGUAUUGACUCUCUGCUGAUGCAACAUACGCAUUUUGUACAUGGAAGAGAAGGGUAGGUUGUUUAAUAUUAUGUUAUAGUAGGAAAUGUGAGUCAAUUUCUGUUCUAAAUCUAAUUGUGUUCUCUCCUAUUUCUCCUACUGAAUUCUGAGGGUAAAGAUGAUUCAUGCAUACUUGCAUAAUAGGUUGUUGGACAACUUUUAAUAUAAUGCAUAAUGAUAUUAUUACUUUUUAGACCAGGGGACAUUUCAAAGAAAAAAAUGGAUACCCAACCUUGAGGUCCAUAAUAAUGAAGAAUUUUGGGGGCUUUAUUCUGAAAUUCAGAAGUUUACUCUGAAAUUAGGAGACCUAUAAUAAGUCAUAGGUCUCUGUCAUUCUGCUUCUUGCAAGGCCCAUACAGAGGCAUUGGCAAAGACUCUGUCCCACGUGACAUAUACAGGAUAGGCAUGUGCAAAAUGACCCUGAAUGCACAGCAUGGUUAGGCUACAAAGCAUGGAUUAGGUACUUCUAAAUUGCAAGGCUAAUAGCUGUUCCUCCCCACAAAAGUAUCCAAGAAUACAAGUAAGAUUGUUAUGGAAGAAAAUGCCAUGCUUAGUACUUUUUAAAGGAAGAAGUCACUCUCCAAAGGCACUAGAAAUUUUAAAACAUUAGGCUUCUACCAUACAGUCUCUUCCGUUGCCCUGUCCUUCUGGGCAGAGCACCAGGAAUGAUCAGAUGUGCACUAUGCAAGAAGCCUAUUUCCACAAUUAGCAUGGUGGCAAAACCCACUGUGCAUUCUUGAAGAUUCCCCUUGAAAUUUGCUUUCCCCAGGAUCUGGUCAGAAUGCUCUCUUGGGUGAAAUUGAGGCAACAGUAUUAUUUUAUACUAUUUCCCUAUAAGUGAAAGACAUGUUUUGGAUAUGGUUAUUAAGCCUUGUUUUAUUGCUUGGAAAAAAAAAGUAUGUCCAUUAUUAUAUAAAGAACCUUCAUUAUCCAGGUUCAUCUUAUGUGUGUCUGCAUAGACCCGUGUAAAUGUGAGCUGCACUUGUAUUUUUAUGAACUUCUGAUUAUCUUGUAUUCUAAACCUGUCAGAACUAAUGAGCUCAGUUUAGAUAUAUUGUAGGAAUAAUACAAUGACUCCUAAUUCAUUUCAUAUUUUUUGAUGAUGCCUUUAUAAGAUAUGAACAUGUACAUAUAUGUAUAUAUACAUAAAUAUGAAUGUAAUGUAUAAAAUUUGUCAGUCUCUAGUUUAUAUAAAUAUAUAUAUAUAUAUCUAACCAAUAUAAAAUAUAUGUAUAAAUGUUUUAUGUUAAGGUGUAUAAGGAAAGUCUUUAAAUUAUGGGCUUUUUCUCACUGAAAGGGUUUCUCCCUGUGGAAAACCAUAUGUUAAUAUUGGAAAUGGUAUAAUAAAUACAAUUUAUCCCCUAUCUUCUGAAUUAAGUCUCCCUUAUUUAAGUAGAUCAUAAUCCAAGGGUGGGGAGUCUUAGGCCCUGCCUCACACAUCAAGAGUUUUUGCCUGACUGGAAUGUGUCCUUGAGUGAUGCCUCUUGCUUGUUUGGAUGGCGUUUGUGAGUUUGCAUAGAAGCUAGCCUGC